UCUCUCUCUCUCUCUCUCUCUCUCUCUCUGCCUGAUUAAUUAGUGAUUCCGCCCCGGCCGCCCUCCUUCCACAGUGCUAGCCACGCCAAACAAAUGCAAACACCACUCCCCUUGCUUUCACCUCUCUUGCUCUCGCUCUUCUCCACUCUCCUACUUCCUCUCUUGUUCGCUUUGCUCCUACCGUCCGCUCCUCCUCUUUCUGUCCCUGCGUUCCUCGCCAUGGAUGCGCCCUAGACGGCUACCAAUUUCCCUUUCACUUUCCCCCCCUCUUCCAUUUUCAUAUAUAUCCAUCCCCCCUCCCCCAACCUCCCUUCCUCUCUUCCAUAUUCUUCUCCUCCUCCAAUCUCUCUGUCACAGCUCCACCGCUUCUUCCUUUUGUUUUCCCUCCCUUGAUAGUGAAGCAAUGUUGGUGGAUCUCAACCUCAGCGUCGUUUCCCCUUACCCCGGCGAGAUGGACGGCGGGUGUGGCGGGAAUAACAGAAAGCGGGGUCUGGACUUCUCGUCGUCUAACAACAACAAUCAAGUGGAGAGCUCCGGGAGCUUCGAUUCCUCCUCCGUCGUCAAUGUCGACCGGAAUGCCGGCAAUGCUGCUGCUCCCGGCGACGAGGACUCCUGCUCCAACACGGGCGACGAUGUGUUCGGCUACAGUUUCCGUAUCUUGACGGAGCAACAGCGGGACUUGAAGAAGAUGAUGGCACUUGAGGAUGAGCAGAGUAAUGAUAAUAAUAAUCAUGAUGGGACUAUUCAGCUCUUCCCCAUAGGCGGCGGCGGCGGCGGCGGUGGGGGAAGGGGAGGUGGAAUCGACGCGCUGGCUCACUGUUUGCGCUCGAGGAAGCAGUGGCUGGAUCUCGGUGGGAGGGAGGUUGAGUAUGGCGGUCUGGCGGAGAAGAUUGUCGCUCAGGUUCAGCAGCAGCAGCAGCAGCAACAGCAGCAGCAGAAGCCUCCGGCGAAGAAGAACCGCCGCGGUCCUCGCUCCAAGAGCUCCCAGUAUCGCGGCGUCACGUUUUACCGGCGGACCGGCCGCUGGGAAUCCCACAUUUGGGAUAGCGGGAAGCAAGUUUACCUUGGGGGAUUCGACACUGCUCAUUCUGCCGCUAGGGCGUAUGAUCGAGCUGCGAUCAAAUUCCGUGGAGUCGAUGCUGAUAUCAACUUCAAUGUCAGCGAUUACGAUGAGGAUAUUAAGCAGAUGAGCAAUUUUACCAAGGAGGAAUUCGUUCAUAUCCUUCGUCGCCAGAGCACUGGAUUCUCAAGGGGAAGCUCCAAGUACAGAGGAGUGACACUCCAUAAAUGUGGGAGAUGGGAAGCUCGAAUGGGCCAGUUUCUGGGAAAGAAGUACAUAUACCUUGGCCUUUUUGAUAGCGAGAUAGAAGCCGCGAGGUCCUUGUUAUGAACCAUUAAUCGGAUCUUAGAGUCGUCUUAACAAUCUUGACUGCUUGUAACCUUAAUUUUUCCAACUUGGGAUUGAGAUGGUUUUGGUUGGUUUUUCUCUGGAAACCAGGGCCUAUGAUGAAGCUGCCAUCAAAUGCAAUGGGAGGGAGGCUGUCACCAAUUUUGAUCCCAGUUCAUAUGAUGGAGAUAUCACAUCUGAGGUGAUCAAGCCCGAAGAUCAAAGUCUUGAUCUGAACUUGGGCAUUGCACCUCCUGAUGCAACUGAAUCCAAAAGGCUAAACAGCAGUGUAGGUGGUGGCUUUUGCAUUCCAGGUGGCCUGGAUUCUAUGUGCUUGGACAAGAUCCCCAGGAUCUUCAACUCUACUUCAGCAGCAAUGAACAGUCAUCAACUGUCCCGUGGUCCUGCCAUGGGGGCUGGUCCAAACCCCGGUUCCUUUCCUAUCUCUAAGGAAAGAGCAAUGGAGAAGAGGGUGGGGAUGGACCCUAUGCUAAACUGGGCAUGGAAAAUGCACAGUCCAUACGGCAGGGAAAACAUCGCACUGCCAUUCUUCUCUACUGCAGCAUCAUCAGGAUUCGUCGCUUCUUCGACAGCUACUACGACUACUACUACUACUACUGCACCGAUUUCUGCUGCAGCAGCUCCACAACUUCACUUCCCAAAAUCGACCAUCCUCCACCACCAUUACUCUCCUGCGUCCGGCACCAUCUUCUAAGUUCUAUAGCUAGCAUGGAACGGGAGAAAAUGAUCUCAGCUGGAAGUUUCAUCGACUCGUCUAACAGUUUAGCCAUAAGUAUCAGAACCUCCUUCUCCUUUGUCUCCUCAAUUUUUACUAGGGUAAAAAGCUGAGAGAGUGUAAUUUGAUUGGUACGCUCCAACUCCAAUUGCAACUAUGUUCUAUGUAGGAGAGAUGUAAUUUUCCCCCUCACCCUCCCAUUAUCCCCAGCUUUUUUUUGCAAAGCUCCUCUAUCACAAUUGGAAAUUUUUUUGACCUUCGCGGCUCUGUGUAAAUAUAUGAAUCAAUUGUCAUUUCCCACCUACUGUUCGUCUGUGCCUGCAUUCUCCACUACAG